GAGAAAGUCCCAGUCUUUGAAAACUCUCAAAUUGGUCCAACUGUCCAAGAAACUCUGUCUAUUAUUGCACCUCGUUGGCAAAGCUCUCUCCUUUCUACAUGUGUGAGCAGCAGAGUGUGCACACUGCCCACAUAGCUAGCUAGCCACAAGCAAAAAAAAGAUCUGGUAGCAAAGGUGAAGCUGAAAACCCAGAAGAGAUGCCAAACAUCAUAGUGAAAGGAGGGAGCCGGCCGCCAUGGGUAGGGUUAGCUGCUGCUGUGUGGGUCGAGGUAGCUGCAGGGAACGGCUACACAUUCCCUCUCUACUCCCCCGCGCUCAAAGCCGUGAUGGGUCUCAACCAGCAGCAGAUUACGAUACUGGGUGUUGCUAAUGAUAUUGGGGAAAGUGUUGGUUUGCUCCCUGGCAUCGCCUGCAACAAGUUCCCUCCAUGGGCUGUUCUCUCCGUUGGCGUCGUUAUGUGUUUCUUGGGAUAUGGCGUUCUCUGGCUCACUGUCAGCCAGACUGUUGUGGGCUUGCCUUACUGGCUGUUAUGGAUUGCACUAGUUAUUGGAACAAAUAGCAAUGCAUGGUUCGGCACAUCUGUUCUUGUAACUAAUAUGAGAAACUUCCCUCUCAGCAGGGGCACUGUCUCUGGUAUCCUUAAAGGUUAUGUUGGGCUGUCUGCUGCAGUUUACACAGUGAUAUACAACAUGGUCCUCAAGGAUUCUUCAUCCAACUUCCUAUUAUUCCUAACCCUUGGCAUCCCAGUUACAUGUUUACUGAUGAUGUAUUUCAUUCGGGUGUGUACUCCAGCUUCUGGAGAAGACUCUUCGGUGCAUGUCCAUUUUCUCUUCACUCAGGCUGCAAGUGUUCUGCUUGCCAUUUACCUUCUGACAACCACUAUAGUGACUGAUGUAUUUGCUCUUAGCAAUGCUGCUUGCUAUACAUUGGUUGCAAUCAUGGUGGUUAUUAUGGCUUCUCCUCUGGCGAUUCCUGUCAAAAUGACUCUCUUUCCUGCCAAGAAACGGAGCCCACCAACUUCUGCCUCAAAUCUUGCUGCUGCUCCUGUUGCUGAAGAAGGUGACUCAACCCCACCAACCGAGCAGCCUUUGUUGGUUCAAUCAGAAUCAGCAGCUUAUCUAGGGAAUUUCCUUGAGAAUGAGGAUUUUUCAGAUGUUGAAACACUUCUUGCUGUUGGGGAGGGAGCUGUGAAGAAGAAAAGGAGACCUAAGAGGGGUGAGGACUUCAGAUUCCGCGAGGCUGCAGUAAAAGCUGAUUUCUGGCUUCUUUGGAUGGUAUACUUUCUUGGAGUUGGUUCAGGAAUUACUGUCCUGAAUAACUUGGCCCAGAUCGGGAGCGCAUUUGGAGUUAAUGACACAACAAUGUUGCUUGCCAUCUUCAGCUUCUGUAACUUUGGUGGACGCCUUGGAUCUGGCGUUGUCUCCGAGUACUUUGUCAGGUCAAGCACGACUCCGAGGUCUGUGUGGAUGACUUUAGCGGAAGCGAUCAUGGUCAUAGUUUUUAUUCUGUUUGGUCUCGGUGUUGAUGGCAUGCUGUAUGUGGCAACAGCUCUGAUUGGUGUCUGUUACGGAAUCCUCUACUCUGUUAUGGUUCCAAUCGUUUCUGAGCUCUUUGGCCUAAAACAUUUUGGCGUCAUUUACAACUUUGUGCUACUUGGAAAUCCUGUUGGUGCUCUUCUCUUCUCAGGAGGACUUGCUGGGACUAUGUAUGAUGUCGAAGCUUCUAAGCAAGGAAGCUCCACCUGCGUAGGCCAUGAAUGCUUUAGGGUGACAUUCCUGGUUCUAGCUGCCAUCUGUGGAUUUGGCACUCUCUUGAGCAUCAUCUUGACUAUCAGAAUAAGGCCUGUUUACCAGAUGCUUUAUUCGGGGGGCUCUUUCCGUAUACCUCAGACUUCAGGACAUUGAUGAGCAGCGGAUAUAUAUAUUGUAUGGGCUUCAGAGAAAGAGCAAGUUUGUUUUGCGAAGGCUUGCUCUAAACCAGCCAUUUAGUAGUAUACCUAUUAUAUAGGAGCUCUUACAUUUGCAGGUAAGAGUUUGUGAAACGCUGUUGUUUAUUGGAGCUUUGAAAAGAUAUGCAAGAAGGCUACUCCAUCAGGGGAGAGGGCGAUCUUAGCUGCAAUGAACCUCAAGCUUAAGAAUCCUUCAUUCAUGCUGAUUGUGCAGCACUACAACCUGUCAAACCCUGUGGCUUACGUACCGGGUGAGUUUGCCAACAAGUAUCUGAGCCCGAAUUGCAGCCAGAUGAAGGUGAGAGAUUCCAACAGCAGCAGAGGAGGAGAGUGGGUGAUUCGAUUCUCUUGGAGGGACCGUGGUGGCUUGAAUCUGGGACUAGGAUGGGGUGCUUUCACAGACGACAAGGAGUUGGAGACAGAAGACGUUUGCCUGUUUGAGCUGAUCAAACCUGCAGAUUGUGUCAUGAAAGUUCACAUCUUUCGUGCUUCCAUCCUUGGUUAGGAAACCUAGGCAUUGUCUGAGUGAUUAACGGUGUGUAAUAAGAUAAAAAACUUGGAUUGCUGUUGUUUGGAUGAUCAAACUGGCCUUGUGGUAUGUGUGUUUAAGUUGAAGCUGUUGCAAGAUAUUUUCUAGCGUCUAAUGUACAAGAUCAUGUUCCAAGAAAGGUCUAUAAUUGUAGUGUUUGAAUCGAAUGAAGAUGAUGAUCCUAUGAUACAAAUUUAAUGUGGUGUUAAGCCUGAUUUCGGGUUUCUUCAUAAGAUUAGCUCCGAUCGAAUCAAAUAACGAACAAUGAUCAUAUAACACAUCGAAUUCGAAACACUCGGCACCGAAUUGUAUGGCCAACCCUAUAUCAAAGUAAUGAAACUAACCACAUUAGGGCUACAACCCUUCUCAUCUCCUUAAGCAAUUCCAAAACCAUCCCAAACUUCCUCUUCUUACAAUAACUCAUAAUCAAGAUGUUGAAAGUAAAUACAGCAAGGUGUAACCCUAUCCUUCAACAUUCCGCCACAAACCUCUACAGCAUGCCAGGCACAUUUCACAAACCCAUUGAUCAGAACAUUAGGUUUCCAAUGAGUCACUUUUCGCAUGGUUUCAAAAGCCACUAACCUAUCUAUCAGACUAUCACUCAAGUUCCCAGCUUUACAGUAAAGCGUUGAUGGAAAGCUGGAAAAUUGGCUCAAUUAUGGGACAAAAGAAGAUUACCUUCACUGCAAGGACAAGGGUUUGGAGCCGUGAAAUGGAUGGUGAGGUCGGAAAGCCUGUUGGUGUUGGCGAGACUGCGGGCCAUCCACUCGAAAGUUGUGUGAUCGUGUCAGAAAGAAUCCACCGUCGCGGCCCAGCUGAAGAGCGGAGAUCAUAAUGGCGGUAAUCAGAGUGGUGGUGGAGCUUGGAUUUGAGGAAUUGAAGUAGGUUUUGUGGGUUCACUGAUCGGAUUGUGAAGUAGACUCCGAGGAAAUUCACGAUGGUAAUGAGCGUCAGAGUGAGUCGCCGCGGAGAUGGGAGCCUAUCAAAGCCUCUAUUCAAGUUUCAAACUGGUCUCCUAAAUCCUUCACGAACGGUGAAAUGGAGUGGACAGUGGAAGGAAGACUGCUUUUUCAGAUCUCUGCUGAAGUUGGGAGU